AUGGCCGGCGCCGGCGACGUAGAUACCGAUGCAGUGCUCAGCGACGUCGAGGACGACGGCGGUGAUCCGGCUCCUAUUGCGGGGAAGGCUCCCUCCUCUGAGGAUGUCUCUGUCGAGAAACUCCUGGAGGUUCUGGCAGAACUCGAUCGGGAGCGGCAAGCGCGCGUUGCCGCUGAAAAUACGAAGUCGGAAUUGCAGGUUUCAUUCAACCGGUUGAAGGCGCUGGCUCACGAGGCCAUAAAAAAGCGCGACGAGUUUGGUCGCCAGCGCGACGACGCCUUCCGGGAGAAGGAAGAGACGGGGAAGCAAUUAGAAGAAAAAGCGAAACAAGUAGAAGAAAAAGCGAAACAACUAGAAGAAACGGCGAAGGAACGCGAUGCGCUGCGAUCGGAGAUUGGGAAUUCGAGCCACAUGCUCGUCACCGGUAUGGAGAAGAUCUCGGCAAAGGUGAGCAGCUUUGCCGGCAACGCGCUGCCGCUUCCGCGAUCGCAGAAAUAUACCGGCAUGGCAGCGGUGGCGUACGGCGUCAUCAAGCGCGCGAACGAGAUUGUGGAGGAGCUUUUGAAGCAGAACGAAGCUACUGUGAAGGCUAGGAACGAGGCCAGGGAGCAGAUGGAGCAGCGGAAUUACGAGAUUGCCAUCGAGCUUUCUCAGCUUGAGGCUACGAUCAAUGGGUUGAAGGAUGAGGUUUCGAAGAAGGUUUCAAUUGUCGAGGAUUUGGAGAGGGAUUUGGCUGUUAGGGACCAGAGGCUGAAAGAGGUUGCGGAGAAUUUGAAUAAGGAGCAAAGUGAGGCUUUGCAGUUGAAGGAGUUUGUUGGUGAGUAUGAGGACAAGUUGAGUAGUUUGGAGUCUCGGAUGGAAUCGCAGAGGCCUUUGUUGAUUGACCAGUUGAGUCUUGUUUCCAAAAUUCAUAACCAGAUUUGCAAUGUUGUUAAGAUAAUUGAUGAUGGCACUGAGGAGCUAUCUGAAUCGUUGUUUGUUCCGCAAGAAACAGACGUUGAAGAGAAUAUGCGUGCCUCUUUGGCUGGGAUGGAAUCCAUAUAUGAGUUGACUAAAAUUGUUGUUCAGAAAGCAAAGGAUGUGGUUGAAGAGAAGAAUAGUGAGAUCAAGAGUUUAGAUGAGACGGUGGCUCGGUUGGUUGCGGAGAAGGAUCAAAUUGGUUCUUUGCUUAGGAGUGCUUUGUCUAAGAGGAUGACAAUCAAUCCAUCUUCUAGAAAGAGUGAGCUGUUUCAAGCUGCAGAGAAUGGGUUGAGGGAGGCUGGGAUAGAUUUCAAAUUUAGUAAGCUUCUUGGGGAUGGUAAGGUUGCAGUUUCAAAUGAGAAGUUGGAUAGAACGGAAAAGGAAGAGGACGAUGAAAUAUACUCUUUGGCUGGUGCUCUGGAGGAUGUUGUUAAGGCAUCUCAACUUGAGAUCAGUGAGCUGAAAUAUACCGUGGGUGAAUUAAGGGCAGAGGUGAGCUUACUUAAGCAGCAUAUAGACGCUCAGGGUAAGGAGCUUGACCAUAGAAUGCAUCGGAUAGAGGAACUUGAAGAAAAGGAGAGAGUGGCAAAUGAAAAUAUUGAGGGGCUAAUGACGGACAUUGCUGCUGCUGAGGAGGAAAUUAACAGAUGGAAAGUUGCAGCAGAGCAAGAAGCUGAUGCAGGCAGAGGUGUUGAACAAGAAUUUGUGUCACAGUUGGCAGAACUUAAGCAGGAGCUUGAAGAAGCAAAGCAAUCCAUGUUAGAAUCACAGAAGAAACUAAAAUUCAAAGAAGAGACAGCUGCUGCUGCGAUGGCAGCCAGAGAUGCAGCAGAAAAGUCUCUUAAGUUAGCUGACUUAAGGUCAUCUAGACUAAGAGAUAGAGUUGAGGAGCUUACUCAUCAGCUCGAAGAGUUUGAAAACAGGGAAGAUUCAAGGAGCCAAAAUCGGCCUAGAUAUGUGUGUUGGCCAUGGCAGUGGCUUGGCAUGGACUUUGUUGGAUUUCAGCAGCGACCUGCUCCGCAACAGGAGGCUUCUAAUGAAAUGGAACUUUCUGAACCUUUCUUAUAA